AUGCAGUUCCAAUACGUCCUUGUGGCCAUCCUGGCAGCCACCACCCAGGUUCUGGCCGUCCCUGCCACGGAGGCCAAGCCAGCUACUGAAUUGGUUGCCGUCGCCGAGGGCACAAGGGUCACCGCCGCCACCCCCAAAGCUGACAAUGAGGAUGCUACACGUGCGGAUACCCCUGCAGAGGGUAUUAUUGCUGCGACCCAUUCCCCGUGUGUAGAUACUACACUUCGCCCUUCCAUUGCGUCUGCGCCAACUUCUAGAGCCGGUCGGGUUCAUGGCAAGGGACCGAUCCAACAUCGUGCUCUCUGCUACGGUCUGGAGAAUUGA